AUGGGUGUUUGUCAAACUAAAUCUAUAAAUUCAAAGAAGUUAAAUACUUCGACUUCAUAAACUCAUAUCAGAAUUAAAACUGAAGUUACGGAAAUGUCAGAUAAUAUGCCCAGAAGACGUCUUAAUCUUUAAAUUGAUCCAACUAAAAGCUGUGAUAACAAGACAUCUCCUCUUUCUGAAGGAGUAAUUCUUACUUAAAGGGCAAAAAGAAGAAUCACCUUGAAGAAAUAAGGUUCAAAUAAUUAUACUGCUUCUACAUGCAGUUCAAAUCACAUUCUUUUACCUGGAUGUGCUUUCAAAAAAUAUUCACUGAUAAGAAAAAAGUAAGGAAAUCAUGUAAUAAUCUCAUUAUAUUCAUAGUCUAUAUCCAUAAUUUCAAACAAUAUCACAGGAAAAAUUAUGUAAUUAGAGACUUUUCGAAAAGAUGAUCCAGAAUGUGUAAAUUACAUAGAAUGGCUUAUGAGGAAUAAAAUUGUAUUAUUUAUUUUUAAUCUUAGGAUCACCCCAACAUUAUAAGAAUAUCUGAGAUAUUUUAAGAUAAUAAAUAUUUUUAAGUUGUUUCUGAACACUUUGAUGAUAACGAUUUAUCAGAAUUAAUUGCUGAUGGAACAAAACUAUCUAAACCUGAAGUAUCUUAAGUCUUAAAUCAAAUGAUGCAAGCAAUUCAUUAUUUGCAUUAACAAUAAAUUUUUCAUGGAGCAAUAACAAUUAAUUCAUUUUCAUAUUAAAAGAAAUAAGAUGGAAUUUUUGUCAAAUUAUCAAAUUUAAAGGGAAUAAUAAUUAAAUUAGAGGAUGAUUUAGAAGUAGUUAAAUACACAUCACCUGAAUGUAUUUAUCAUCCAAAAUAGAAUGUAGCUAGAGAUGUCUGGGCUAUUGCUUUAAUUGGUUUGACAUUAAAAAAAGGAGUUCUUCCUUAUUAAUUACCACAUUAAUUAACUUAGGAAAAAUUAAGAAUUAUAGUUAAAAAUCAUGUAUUUAAAUUUGAAAACAAGAAAGAUGAAGCAUUUAAAGAAUUUCUUUCUCAUUCUUUAAAUAAGAAUUCAAUUAAAAGGGUUAAUUUAGAAUAAUUGUUAAACUUUACAUUCAUAACUAAAUACUAAUAAAAAUUAAAAUCUGAAUAAGAACUUCUAUUAAGUAAUAUCUUAGAGGCGAAACCUUGUUGUCUACUUCAAUAAUUAAUUAUUGUUUUCCUUGUUUAAGAAUUUAAUUGGGAAUAGUAUUUGCAAAUUUAAAAAUUAUUUUCAGAAGGAGAUAUUGAUAUGGAUGGAUUAAUUAGUAAGGCAGAAUUAAUUUAAUUAUUUUAAAAAUAUCUAAGUAUUGAGAAUAUUGAGGAUAAAAUAGAUAAAUUAUUUUAAGAGCUUGAAUUAGAAGAUGAGAUUAAUUCAAAUUUAUUUUUAGCUCUGACAACAUCUAGAAGAGAUGUAUUAUCAACAUCAAAUAUUGAGAUUUCUUUUGAGAUUCUUUCUCUAAAUACUUCAGAAAUCACAUUAAAGGGUUUGAAAAAAUAUCUAAAUGCUGAUAGCGAUGAGAUCAAACUUGAGUUAUCUCGUUUAACAGAUGAUUCUAAUUCAGUAUUCUAUUUAUCAAAUAUUUUAGUUAAAUAAAUUACAGUUUGCAAAAAUCUUAGAGUUAAUGAUUUGA